GCCCGAGCCUUCCUCCUCCUCCUCCUCGGCUGCCUCCCGCCCCGGCGUGGCCCGCUCAGGCUGGUCUCAGGGAGGGAGGAGAUCAAAUCCCACUCUCGCAGUGCACCCCAGCCCAUGUCACCCUCUGAUUUCCUGGACAAGCUCAUGGGACGAACUUCAGGGUACGAUGCCCGGAUCCGACCCAACUUCAAAGGUCCGCCCGUCAACGUGACGUGCAACAUCUUCAUCAACAGCUUUGGCUCCGUCACCGAGACGACCAUGGAUUACCGUGUGAACGUCUUCCUGCGGCAGCAGUGGAACGACCCCCGGCUGGCUUACCGUGAGUACCCCGACGACUCGCUCGACCUCGACCCCUCCAUGCUCGACUCCAUCUGGAAGCCAGAUUUGUUCUUUGCCAAUGAAAAAGGGGCCAACUUCCACGAGGUCACCACCGACAACAAACUGCUGCGCAUCUUCAAGAAUGGCAACGUGCUCUACAGCAUCAGGCUGACGCUGAUCCUGUCCUGCCCCAUGGAUCUCAAGAACUUCCCCAUGGACAUCCAGACGUGCACGAUGCAGCUGGAGAGUUUUGGUUACACCAUGAACGACCUCAUCUUUGAGUGGCUGGAGGAGCAGGAGGCCGUGCAGGUGGCAGAGGGCUUGACGCUGCCACAGUUCAUCCUCAGGGACGAGAAGGACCUGGGCUACUGCACCAAGUAUUACAACACAGGCAAGUUCACCUGCAUUGAAGUGAAGUUCCACUUGGAGAGGCAGAUGGGCUAUUACCUGAUCCAGAUGUACAUCCCCAGCCUGCUCAUCGUCAUCCUCUCCUGGGUCUCCUUCUGGAUCAACAUGGAUGCAGCGCCAGCGCGGGUGGGCUUGGGCAUCACCACUGUGCUCACCAUGACUACUCAGAGCGCCGGCUCCCGUGCCUCUCUGCCCAAGGUCUCCUAUGUGAAGGCCAUUGACAUCUGGAUGGCUGUCUGUCUGCUCUUUGUCUUUGCUGCUCUGCUGGAAUACGCCGCCGUCAACUUCGUCUCUCGGCAGCACAAGGAGUUCAUGCGCCUGCGGCGGCGGCAGCGGAGGCAGAGGAUGGAGGAAGAGCUCAUCCGUGAGAGCCGCUUCUACUUCCGAGGCUACGGGCUGGGCCACUGCCUGCAGGCAAAGGAUGGGGCUGGGGAGGGUCCUGGAAUCUACAGCCCCCCCCCACCCAGUGCACUGCUGCGGGAAGGGGAGACCCUGCGCAAGCGUUACGUCGACCGUGCCAAGCGCAUCGACACCAUCUCCCGAGCCGUCUUCCCCUUCACCUUCCUGGUCUUCAAUAUCUUCUAUUGGGUUGUCUACAAAGUGCUGCGCUCAGAGGACAUCCACCCGGUGCCCUGAGGCCCCAGAAAGGCCCAAGGACCUCUUGGCUGAAUGCUGCCAUGUGCCUGGAGGCUGCGAGCAGGUGUCAGACUGCUGUGUCACCGAGCCACAGACAGCAGUGAGCUGGGCAAGGGGCUGUGCUCCUCUCUCCCUGCACAGCCCACAGCUCUGUGGUGGGAGAUGGUGGGCAGCCCCAGCCUUGCUGACACCACCCCCUGGCUUCUCCCUCAGUCCCAGGCGUAGUGUCCCUGGGUAGGCUCCCUCCAUCUGCUCUUCCACCAGAGAGGAGAGCAUCCGAACCCUCAGUUUAAAAACUCAGCAAGGCUUCCAGACCUUCAGACCUGGAUAUCCUCCAUGCUUAGCAGGAAAUAAAAGCAGUAGGUGACGCUGACGUAGGUCCUACAGAGAAACGUGUUGAUGCUCUCCUUUCCCCCACUCACAGCAAGCCCAGGUGGGGCACAGAUCUUUGACGGGGUACUUUGCUGCAGCCCCACAAGUUCUGUGGGCAGGACGGAGAUGGGAUUUGUCCCUUUCCUCAGCAGCCUUGGGAACACCAUGGCACAGCAAAGUGCCAGGCACCAUGGCAGGGGACACAAACAAAGGGCAGCGCAGUCCGGGCAGAUAUCCCACCCUCAGCCCCAGCAUCCCUCCCUGCUCCUCAAGCAGGAAUUGUCCUCUCCCUCUCUCCAGUAACCAGGAGCCCCCAGCACCCACUUUCUCAGCCCCUGCAGAGCCACGCACUCAUUUCACAGAUGGGGCAAGCAGAGGAAAAGCAUCCCCAGGAGACACCAGGGGUCCACCAGGAUGGGUGAUGAUGGUUCCAUCCCAUUGCCACUGCCACUGUACUGUCCCAGGAACAGCCUCCAGAGAUUUGUUUUUUUGGGGAAGCCCAUUUGGAGGCACAGGUCUCCACUGCCCACCCACAGACCCAAACAGAGAGGUGCUGGCACCCGCAGGCCAACCAAACCUCCAGCAAAGGUGGGAUUUUAAACAGCAUUGAUCUUCCUACACAAAUAAAGUCUGUCUGGGAUUUUCAGCGGUGUGUCGGGGGUUUCUCUCUGCCCAGAACCCCACAUCUUGGAGCAGCUCCCAGCUUCAGGAAGGAGGUGGGUGCACCAGCCUUGUGGUAAUGGGAGCCAUGCGAUUAUGCCCAGACCUUGUUAUCUCCAUUUAUCUGAGGGGGUUUUGCCUGGGGAACAGGACCCAAAGAAGGGCAGAUGUGAAGCUCCCCAUGGUGGAGCUUGGAUACCUACACACACUGAAUGUCCCAUCCCUCCCUUUGCAGCCGGCUUGCUGGGCAGGCGCCAGCCUCAGAAAGCUGCCAGCUGUCCUGGGGGCUUACGCCAGCCCUGCGGUGCCACCCUGGGCCAGCGCUCCCAUCCCCAGCUGGUGUGGGGGCAGGCAGAGCUCACAGCUGACGGCCAGGCUCAUAAGCAAACAUCAAUCUCCCUCUGUGCUUCCAGCCAAGUUUCACAGAUCGGCUCUGUUGGGUGCCCUGUACCUCACAGCCCCAUCACCCCGUUGAGCCCCAGCGAGGUUUUUGUGAUAGAGAGGGGAGAAAGCAAAGUGGAGACCUGCAGUUCAGUGAUUGGUUUGUUCUUUUGAUGGGAGAAACAAAACCCUGCGGCACUCCUGUGUUCCUGCUCUCCUUUACUCAGCAUCAGGUCUGGGUACCUGGGAGCUUCAAAGGGGAGAACAGCUGGGGUCAGCCCCAGAGCACCCUGAUUGUAGGAACAGACACUUCCCAAAAAGAAAGGAAAAAGAAAGAAUUUUAAAAAGUGAAUUGCAAAAACCCAGCAUAUCAUAAGAUAACCUGCAGAAAUGGCAUGCUCUGGCUGCAGCCAAGCAGAGGGAGUCCUCACUCAGGCACCAUGGUAGGAGACACUUAGUGGAGCACUGCCACCCCACAGCCCUACAAGCACAGAUCUGGUGGUUUGUGCCACCUGGGGACCUUUUAGGGGCCAGCAGCAGCAGCACCCAGCCCCUACCAGAGCUCUCAGCAGCCACAA